UUAUGUUAUGUCUCCACUCUCCAGCCCACAUCUUAGACAAGCCAGUCUUAAAAGAAGUUUAGAGUGAAAUUUUGCAGGCAAAUUAAAAUAAUGGCAGCAAAAAGAGUGAUGAGGUCAGUUUUGAGCAAUUCCAAGCAACUCCUCAGAUUAAGGGGCAAUCUUUGUGCAUUUGUGCUGAAAUUUUGACAACUUGUUGGAAUCAUAUAGGGCUACAAUCUGAACGGUCGGAUCUUGUUUUAGUGCUUCGGUUUGUGAGAUCAUAUUGCUUGGGUGAUAUUCUUCACUUUUGCUUCUCUAUUUGUAACUCUAUUAUGUGAUAAUUAUCUUCUUUUGUGCAGUUUUUAGUUGGUUGUUGUAUUGUUUGGUUAAUUGUCAUGGCAGUGGAAAAAAGUCAGAUAUCAAUAUCAGACUAUUUAAGUCUAGAAAAAAUUGAGGAAAAGGGCAGAGGUUUUGCAGCAUCUGAACCAUUAAAAGGAGGCCAAAUUAUUUUGCAAGAGUCACCCAUUCUUGUAUUUUCUGCCUUUCCUCUAAGAUGCCAAAAAUUACAAGAGGUUGCUUCUUCUAACACCACUGCAUAUUGUUCACACUGUUACCGGUGCAUGGUUUCAGAAGGACUUACAUGCCCUACAUGCUGUGAUAGUACUCCUAAUGACAUCAUUUUCUGCAACUCUAAGUGUCAAUCUUUGGCUCUCACUACAACACACACUCCUUGGGUGUGUGAUGCCCUUGGAAGAUUGAGGCAUUGCUCUUUAUUGUUGGAACAUCAACCCGAAGAACGUCAGGUACAAGCUCGUUACUUGGUAGCUGCAUACAAUCUUGCUAUGAUUUCUCCUCGAGCCUUUGAAUCAUUGUUAUCACUUCAUGGAGAUGGCAAGAAAAUUGACAUAGAAAUUGCAACAUUUCUCCAUUCUAUCAUCACAACACUUUCAUUUCCAGAAGGAUUUGCACCUCUGACAAUAGAAAUGACAGCAUCUCUCCUAGACAAAGAAAGCUGCAACUCCUUUAGUCUAAUGGAACCUUAUUCCCAAGGUGGGGGAAGAUCAACUAGAGCUUAUGGUCUUUACAAGAAUGCUUCAUUCUUCAACCAUGACUGCCUACCUAACGCUUGUCGUUUCGAUUACCUUGACAGUAGUCCUAACAAUGAUAAAAACACUGAUAUAAUUAUCCGCUUGAUACAUGACGUUCCUCAAGGUAAGGAGAUAUGUUUGAGCUACUUUCGAGUUGGGUUAAGCUACGGCGAAAGGAAGAAGAGGUUGAUAGAUUAUUUUGGCUUUGAAUGCUUUUGUGAUCGAUGUAAGGUUGAGAGUAGUAGGCAGGAUGAGGGAGAUGAUUCUAGGUGUGCUUACUUCUUUGCCAAAUUCGUGUGCGAGAGGAAGGAUUGCGGGGGUACAUUGGCUCCUUUGCUACCUUCUAAUGGUAAUCAAUUCAAUGUCAUGGAGUGUAAUUUUUGUGGGAUGAGCAAGAACAAUAUCUAGCAUAUAUAGUAGCAUGAUAUUCCUAGCUAUGGGAGGACUUGUAACUUGUAUGUUUUCAUGUCAUGGUGUUUGUUUGUUUUCCUUACUAAUGGUACUUGAUUUCUUCAGAAACGUGUUAUGAAUUAAGGUGACUCUUUAUUUACUAAA